GUGUCAUCGGCAUGGUAGAGACAUCGUGCGCUGCACGCGAGCGAGCGUGUCGUAGUCGAUGCCUGGUCUUACUGCAGGGGCGGAUGCGGGUGAUAUAUGCAUGUUGCACUCGAAAGGGUUUUGUUCCGGAAGUUGCGCAAGAUGGCUGACGUCACGCGGGGAAGUGCAGGUGCAGGCACAGCCUCAUCCCUUAUUGCAACCAUCAAUACUAACCGCCUACAUUUGACUGACGGCACAUCAAACCAUUACUUGACUUUGUGGGAUUUUGGUUUAUGGAUAAUUGUUCCAUAUAUCGGCAGAACCGUCAGAAGUGGUAUCAUCCUUCUACUGGCACCACUUAGCCUUGUAUCUGAGGAACUUGGACUCGUUGAACUCCAGCCUUGUGGACCCUCAGAUACCAUACGAUGCACGCGAGACAAAUUUCCCAUGGACAUUAUAUUUCCUCCGUAUGCUGCCUUAUCGUACAGAUGGGGUGCGAAGACUCCGCAGAGGGCCAUCAAGCUGAAUGACUUCUAUUUCGAAAUUGGACAUGACCUUUGGACAUUCCUACGUUGGGUGUAUCUACAAGGUCAACACAAGGUAUUCUGGAUUGACGCUGUGUGCAUUAAUUGAUCGGACACUAAGGAGCGAGACCAUCAAGUUCAGAUGAGGCGUCGAAUAUACAACGAUGCCGAGUCAGUCUCGAUUCGUCGCUAUGAAGUGCUAAGCGAAACGAGAGCCUUGAGAGCUCAAGAUGCCCGUGCAAGGAAUAUUUGUGAUACAUGCCAGGAAAAGCUUUACUAGCCUGGUGCGAAGACGGACAUUGGCGUCGCAUCUGGAUCAUCCAGGCAAUAGUAACACCGCUCAGAUACACUACGGAUCCAGAUCGAUUGACUGGCACAAGCUCGAAGCGCCCGUCCU